GGUCUUUCUACUCUUCGGGAUACCAUCGAGAUCUUCUUUCUCCUUAGAGACGGGACUCAGCCCUAGGACUGAUUGUCCACUCCCCUCGCUUUCUCUCCCUGGCCUCUCAAGGGCAUAGGGUUCCUGAAAAGUGAGGGGAAGAGAGGACUGCACAGCCCCCAGGAAAAGGGAAGGGGGAGGAGGCUGAAUGAAUAACAGGAGCGUGGUUGGAGGGAAGGUGGAGGCUGCAAGGGGAAUGCAGGUUGAGAGUGAGGGGUGGGAAUGUUUGUGUGACUGUAAGCUCUGCCCUGAAUAGCAAAGGGUCCGCAGGGCGCCCCGAAGGAAGGCAGGUCCGGGAUUGGGGUACAAGGCACUCUUACCUCCUCUCUUCCUGCCGAGGGAACUUGCCCAGCCCUUUUCCCCAGCCUGGGACCCCGGGAACUGACAGCUUUUUCUCCCGCACCUGUUUCCCUCCUGCUCUCUUCUGAGCUCUCUCUCCCUUCCCUUCGGGGCUUCCCAUCUAGUUUGGUGUACUUUCUCUACAGCGGCUGGACCAGCCUGGGUGGCAGAAAUCACUUGGCACGGUAGCUCGGGGGAGCCGCCCUCCUCUCCAUAUGAAAAGAGGCUUGGCUCCUGCUGCGCCCGGCUGCUGAGGAGGCAGUGCAGAAAGAGAGAAGCCAGGGCCAAGGGAGUGACUCCGGACUCAACUCUGGGAAUUUCCUCCCACUGGCCCUGGGCACUAGACUGGACGGGACGAACUGGACGGGACUGCGUCUUCCGGGAUAUUCCGGGUCCCCUGAAGCUUGGCUCCUUUCCAUCUGACUGCAGCCAAGAGGAUAAGAGGGGAGAAGAACAAGCGGGCUCGAAGUGCAACCUGGGGAUGACACCUCCUUUGGAAAAGCAGUGCACUCGCAGGAGACCAGUAGAGUUCUGAAACAAAAAGACAACAACUGGAAAAUGGUAUAUGUGCUUAGAGCUUAGCUACUUCUAGGCCCAGGGCAGCUGUGCAGAAUGAACGUGGGGCCAACGGAAGCACAGACUGAAGAGAAUCAGACAACGCAGGAAACAGAAGUUGAAUGUUAUGGGACAGCACAAACUACCCCAAGAGGUCAGCUAGCUGCUGACCCUAAACUAGGGCUUGCUGAUAGCACCAAGUUGAUUGAAGUUCAGGUCGUCCUCAUCCUGGCCUAUUGCACCAUCAUCUUGCUGGGAGUAAUUGGCAAUUCCUUAGUGAUCCAUGUGGUGAUCAAAUUCAAGAGUAUGCGUACUGUCACCAACUUCUUUAUUGCUAAUCUUGCUGUGGCAGAUCUUCUAGUGAACACCCUUUGCCUCCCCUUCACCCUUACUUAUACCUUGAUGGGAGAAUGGAAAAUGGGCCCUGUCCUGUGCCACCUGGUGCCCUAUGCCCAGGGCUUAGCAGUGCAAGUGUCCACAAUCACCCUAACUGUGAUUGCCCUGGAUCGACACCGUUGCAUUGUUUACCAUCUGGAGAGCAAGAUUUCUAAGAAGAUCAGUUUCCUGAUCAUUGGCCUGGCCUGGGGAAUCAGUGCCUUGCUGGCUAGUCCCCUGGCUAUUUUCCGGGAGUAUUCUCUGAUUGAGAUCAUACCUGACUUUGAGAUCAUGGUCUGUACUGAGAAGUGGCCGGGUGAGGAAAAGAGCAUGUAUGGUACAAUUUAUAGUCUUUCUUCCUUGCUGAUCCUGUAUGUUUUGCCACUGGGUAUCAUAUCAUUUGCUUAUAUACAGAUCUGGAGUAAGCUGAAGAAUCACAUUAGCCCCGGGGUGGCCAAUGGCCACUACCAUCAGCGUCGGCAUAAAACUACCAAGAUGUUAGUGUGUGUGGUAGUGGUGUUUGCGGUUAGCUGGCUGCCUUUCCACGCCUUCCAGCUUGCCAUUGACAUUGAUAACCAGGUCUUGGACCUGAAGGAGUAUAAGCUCAUUUUCACAAUAUUUCAUAUCAUUGCCAUGUGUUCUACCUUUGCCAACCCCUUUCUUUAUGGCUGGAUGAAUAGCAACUAUAGAAAAGCCUUCCUCUCUGCCUUUCAUUGUGAGCAGAGGGUGGACUCCAUUCACUCAGAAGUGUCAGUGACAUUCAAAGCCAAGAAGGACCUUGAGGUAAAGAAGAACACCUGUCCCAAUGACUCUUUUACCGAGGCUACCAAUGUCUAAGAAGCAUGGUUUCUAAAAAGUUGGGGAAUGAAUUCCAGUUAGAGUCAUCAAGCAGUUUUUAAAGAGGUCGUUAGGUGCAUCCUCUUUCAACCCAUUCUAAGAAGAAAAGCAGCAGUUGAUUCAAAACUUCUGCUGGUGAUGCCUUGGAGAGCUGAUUGUCAAUAUCCAUGUGCAAUUGUGUAAACCAAGUCAUACCAAAAGGGGACUUUGUUUUCAGUGGAUUGUGGGCUAAAUUAUGAGCAUAAACAGAAAUGUUACACGUCGUUUCUUUCCAAGAAGGUGGAAGAAAAAUUUCGCAUAUAAAGUAUGAAUGCAGUAAGAGAUUGCAUGUUCAACAUUUCAAUGAGGACAGAAGAUAAAUAAAUUUACCUGACAGCUCCCAACAUCAUAGGGCUAUGACUAGAGAUGUCCAUGUGACUCACAACAUGUACCUCUUCACACAAAUUACUCUGCAAACACAGUUUUCUCCAGAGAACAGCAUGAUGUUCUUGGAUGUGUUUUUUAAUUUCUUUCUCAUCUCCCAAAAACUGCUACGAUGGGGAUCCUCUCAGUCUGCUGAACAUUAUUGUUUAGAAGACUUUAGGAAAUAAAAAGAAGCCUUCAGUAUUAUCAAUCAUUUGACAUUUGGAGGGGGAAAAUACCUCAGGACUCAACGAGAAAAUAUUUCUUGAAACAAAGUUCAGAUCUGGCCAGCAUUUCUUGAAAUAAGAGGGUCCAAGACUGAACUUUCCAGCAAAAUAUAGGAAUGUAAACUCCCAUUAACUUUCCGGUUUAGAGUAAUUUCUGCUUUUCAUCUAGAUAAUGCAGAUAGAUAAAACAAGAUAUGAUUUGAUCAUUUUGAAACACUGUUAAUUGUUAUAUCUUUUUAAACAUUUAUGGUUUGUUUCACUUAUGCUGGGUUGGGCCUGGGCUCACCAUUCUCAUAUAUACACUUAAGCUUGUAAAUGAAGUCUGGUAGAAAUAUGAUAAAACUAAACGUUCAUUCAGCUACCUGUGGUAACCAUCAGUACUUCUUAUAGCCAUCAGUAAGUUGCUGUAGCUCAAGUAUAAAACACAAUUUACUGACUGCAUCUUAUGCUGUGAUUUUCUUCCAUAUCUGCUCCUCUGCCUUGGCCCCUGCCUUUCCUUUAUGGGUUCAUUCAAAAUAAAGAAAGCAACACAAUUACUUCAAAGUGGAACAUAUUCAGCAAAAAGCAGUUGGAUUCUUUCUAUUUCGUAUAUGUUCUCUUUGGAUCAAUUUCACUGUAAUUAUUCAGUUUUUUUUCCUUUCUUAACAAUAAUGUUUUUGAAAAUGUAGAAAUAGGGGCAGCUAGGUGGCACA